AUGUGGUGUGGAGAAAAUCAGAAGUACGUCACGGAGGUCGAGGUGAAGGGGGAGAAUCAAGCAAAAUCCACUGUUGAUUCACCCUGGUGCAUAAUGUGCCAAUCAAAGUAUAACUUCAAACAAAAACAAGUAGGAUUAGACAUCGACUCAUUAAUUUCAGUAAAAUGUGGAGAAGAUGAAAUAAUAAUAGAAUGGACUUCCACGCUUUUGAAGAACAAUUUGCCGCUACUAGAAUUUAUGAAAUGGAGUCAUCAAGCAGGUCUAAGUGCUAAAAAACAUUCUAAUUCAGUUAAUAAUCAAAAAAAUCUGACUAGUACCUUAAUUAGAGUUGGUGUAUUUCAACUGGACCAGCUGUACCUUGACGGAAAGGAGAAUCACAAAUAUGUGUUAUUUAAAAAAAUAAUUGAAGAGAUAGCAUUAGUUAUGAAUAUGGUUAUAGAUUACAAACCAGUUGUUCCCUAUAAAGUGUGGACUGAGACAGAUCAUAAGUGGCGAGGACUCUUGGGAGGAUUACAUAAUAAUGAAAUCGAUAUUGCUGCUGAAGAAAUGAUUAUGCGCAGUAGUAGGUUAGAUGCGUUUGACUAUUCUAUUCCAGUAGUUGAUUCUGAAUCAAGGCUGUAUAUAAAGACGCCAAAGAGUAAACGCUCACUGUGGAAUGCUUACAUAAAGGUUUACAACAACAAAAUUUGGUUAGCAAUGUGUGUAAUCAUCAUUAUUUCAAGUGCAAUUUUUACUUUGGCGAAGAAAAAACAUAUUGAACAAGAACAUCCCGAAUAUCAUGAUUUCAUGCAUGAUUUCCUUCAAGUUUGGGGUAUAUUCUGUCAGCAAGGACUAGCAGGAAAUUAUUUAAGCUAUCCAGUUUUCAAGUUUGCAAACAUAGUGAUCUCUUUAUUUUCAUUUAUUAUAAUCUCGAUGUACAUUGGAUCAUUAACAAGCUAUAUGAGUGUUUCAUUGCCAUCCAUGCCAUUUACGGAUUUGCCUAGUUUUAUCAAAGAUGGAACUUACAAACUGACUUUCUUACUUAUGUCAAAGGAAUCGCUUGCUAACUCAUUUAACGACAUAAAUCAGUUUAUUAAAAAAGUAGAGGAUAUGCCGGUCACAUUCAACAAAGGCUUUGAACAGCCUCUUUGUAGAACAUCUCCAGAUAUAUAUCCAAUACACUCUUACAGAAAUAUGAAACACUAUGGCUAA